AUGAUCACUGAGAAAAAUGAUUCCUCCGAGCCAACCACCUACACUCAUUUGGCUACAAUCAGACUUGAUAAAUAUACAGUGACUACUCAUGUACUUAAUGAGGACGUUAUUCUUCUCAAACCAAACGAACCCGGAUUACCAAGUUUCAGCUUGAAGCCAAAAGAUAUUGCAAGAUCUGAAUACGUACGAAAAGCUUGGGUGAAAGACAUUACCGAGGAGCAGGAGGCUUACGCCGCUGAACGUGAACAAGAAACGGAAACGAUAUCCGAAUACGACAUGCAUCUCAGCGAUAUGCGUUCUGAGUUCAGCGAAUACUCAGGCUCACGCAAAAGCAGUAUCCAUGCCACUGGUAGUCACUGA